UUCAAACGGAAGAGUUAAUGAGCGUUUCGGGUCGGAACACUCUGCUCUGUUCAAAAGCGGAGAGACAUUUGUCACCGCAGAGGUCAGUGGGAUCAACAGAGGGUUCAGCUGACUGCUUCUGCUUUGAAGAAAUGCACGUCAUGUGUCAAAUCAGCGGCGAGAGGUGCAAAAAUGAAAUAAACCAGCACGAGAAAUCCUUAAUAGGAUACACUUUCGAUCCGGGCACGAACCCUCCCGGAUAAACAGCCUUGAAGCAAAGUUUAUUUUCCCUGGUUUUACGGCCCGCACCGCGCAGAGACGCGCCGCUCUCCUCGCCCUGCGGACGAGCGGCGCACAAGUUGAUGCGGACUCUUGGUUUCAUCUGCUAAGUAGUCCGUAUCGACGGACCUGCAGAUCACACGGGUCACCGAGAGAUUAACACGAGGCGAGUCUUAAUCGGAAGCCACGUUUCCCUCCUCUGACCCGUGCGCGCGUUAUUAAUGAUAGCGUUUGAUUAAUCCCGCUUUUAUCCUGGAGGAGCAGAGGAGGCGUCGGAGGUGAGCGCCUCUGUGCGCCCCCAGGAUCACACUCACACCAGAAACCAUAAGAUACAAACAAACAAACAAACAAUAAAUAAAUAAAUAAAUAACCGUGUUGGGAUUUUUUUUUCAAGCAAAAGUAAAUUGGUGAAAACGCGCUUUUUGCUGAGAAACUAACGAAUUAAUGCUGAUCACGUCAUUAACUGGUGAUGUGCGACGUUUAUUUAAAUGUAACUGACGAUAUCAAAGCUGAUAGGAUAUUAUUAUUAUUAUUAUUAUUAUUAUUAUUAUUAUUAUUAUUAUUAUUAUUGUAGACGAGAGCCUGCUUCCUAAAUUAAAAUCCAUUCUGGACUCAUUUUGAGUGUCAGUCGAGGACCACACUGUGCUGGGGCUGAGAAGUAAUCGUUAAUUGAAUAAUAACCUAAUGUCUCAUUUAUUUAUAUGUUUUAAUUCACUCGGAUGGAGCUUUUUCUCGCAAAUAACUGGCCCUCUGUCGGUUAUGGAUAUUUCCAUUAACCUGUUAAAAGACUUCCGAUAAAAUCAAUCGAGGGUUUAACUCGUGGCACAUCGGAUUAUAUCUCCCUAUUUUGUUCAUUUGCUGCACGUCUCCAGUCGCUUUGAGCGUCUGCUGAAAUGCCCUCGGUUUUGUUUUUUGUUUGUUUGUUUUUUUCUUCUCCUUCUCCCUUCAACCAGUUCCUCAAAUGUUCUGUAUCGGAUCCGGCAUCCUCUCCCUGAGCCCAGCCUUCAGCGCUCACCUUCAUGCUUGUGAAUAAACGCUCUCUUUGCAUUCACCCGCUGCCCGCAUUUCCUACUUUUUUCAAAUGCAAAAUCGCGCCAUGAUUGGGGUCGUUAGCACCUCAUCCGAACUCUUAAGGAAAUUCUUUAUUCUCUCCAUUCAUUGCCCCCCCCCCCCUCUGCUGCUGGCUGCUGCCGCUGCUCGCUCAGUACUCUUCCCACCUUCGGGGCUAAUCCUGCGGGAAUAAAUAGACUUCAAUUCAUGCUUUGCAUUCGCGGUUUGGAUUUACACGGCGGGGCUGGAAAGCUGGAAAUAUCCAGGCAUGCACCAUAAACAGAGUGAGAGUGUUUAAUCCUGGCGCACGCAGAGCAGCAUGCACGGGGAAACUGGUUCAAAUUAAACCGAAGCGAGACAGAAAAGAGAAGCAAAACCCGGGCAUGCACAAUUUCACAUCCAAAACAAAACGCUCACACAGAAAGGAAGUUAACGUGAGGAUUCAGUGAACUUAGCUGUCGUCGUUUUCAUUCUGCAGCUCUCGGACAGAGUUUGCACUAGCAAAGUUAAAGAUUUGGGUUGUUUUUUUUCUUUUUUUUUUUACGCAGCCGCGUUAAUGCGCAUCAGAUCUUUCAAUCACGCAGGCCAAUUUUCUCUCCCCCCUCCUCCUCCUCCUCCUCCUCCCUCUGCCACCGUUAAAUGGUCUAUGACGGACGAACACAGAAAUCAGCGGAAAGCAGCAUUGCUGAUGUCCCAUUGUUGACAAAUCCAUGAAACAACUCCAGUUUGCAUGGUUUAACAGAGAGGAGAGCAGAGGAGAGCAGAGGAGGGUGGAGGGAGGAGAGGACGGGAGAGGGGGCGUCUGUCGUCACCGGACCACGUGUCCUGCACUGAUAGUAUAUCUUAUACUGGGAAAAGUAAUCUAUCAGACAGUCCUUUUAAAAGCUCCGGCCUUUAAAAGCAGCAUGUGUCAUCCCGACUUGCCUCUCUAAAUAUCGCUCCUAUAGGAAAUACGCGCGCUGAAGGGACGCCGGAGCGCAAAAGUCGCCACAUCUCCAAAACAACUUCGAAGCAAGAGACUCGCCGCUUCUCGCGGGCCUGCUCACUUACCGAGUGGAGAAAUAUUUGAAGUUGAAGUCUCUCUCCGGCUUGACUGGCUUGCUGCCGGUCCAACCUGCCUUUAAGAUUUCUCUCUUCUUCUUCUUUUUUUUUUUUUUUUGGACACAUCCCAGCGUUUGACAGCGGCGACAAGAAGUCCAGCAAGACCCGCCGUGUGCGUGAAUGUGUGUGUCUGUGUGUUUGUGCGCGCACUGACCGCGCCGCUCCCCCGCCUUCUUUACCCAUCACACCCGGCUGCUCGGUUGUUUCGGCUCCGGUAGACUUUUCAAACAAAAAGUGUGAGUAAGCCGUGAGAUGACCCUGUCUGGAGGCAGCGAACGAGCCAGCGACAUGUCCGGCCAAACUGUGCUCACGGCGGAGGACGUGGAUAUCGACGUGGUGGGCGAGGGAGACGAGGAGGGCAUGGAGAGGGUGGACAGCGACUGCGACAGCCCGGGGGGAGGCAUCCUGCACGACCUCCGCGGAGAGACCGGCGACGAGGAACUGGAGGACGAGAUCGAGGUGGAGAAGGAGGAGAUCGGCUCCGGCGGGGGGAGUCCGUGCUGCGAGAGCUCCGGGGAGGGAGAGACGGGCAAGGGAGAGGGUCAGGACCAGAGCGCAGGGGCGGGCGGCGGGAUCCAGAAGCCCAAAAGCAGCCUGGUGAAGCCGCCGUACUCCUACAUCGCACUCAUCACCAUGGCCAUCCUGCAGAGCCCGCAGAAGAAGCUCACCCUCAGCGGGAUCUGCGAGUUCAUCAGCAACCGCUUCCCGUAUUACCGGGAGAAGUUCCCGGCGUGGCAAAACUCCAUCCGCCACAACUUGUCCCUCAACGACUGCUUCGUGAAAAUCCCCCGGGAGCCUGGCAACCCCGGCAAGGGCAACUACUGGACCCUGGACCCCGCGUCGGAGGACAUGUUCGACAACGGCAGCUUCCUCAGGAGGAGGAAAAGAUUCAAGAGGGUUCAGCCAGACAUGCUGAGGGACCAGACCGCGCUCAUGAUGCAAAGUUUCGGCGCGUACAGCCUCGGGGGCCCCUACGGGAGGCACUACGGGAUCCACCCGGCCGCUUACACCCAUCCGGCGGCUCUGCAGUACCCGUACAUCCCCCCUGUGGGUCACAUGCUGCCCCCGGGCGUCCCUCUCCUGCCCUCGGCCGAGCUGAACAGAAAGGCGUUCAACUCCCAGCUCGGCCCGAGUCUCCAACUUCAGCUCAACAGCCUGAGCACGGCGUCCAUGAUCAAAUCAGAGCCGUCGAACAGACCGUCGUUCAGUAUAGAGAACAUCAUCGGGGUGUCGAGCGCCUCCUCGUCCUCGCCGGCCGCUCAGGCGUUCCUGCGGCCUCCGGUGACCGUUCAGUCGGCCCUGCUGAGCGCGCAGUCCCUGUCUCUGACCCGGACCUCCGCCGCUAUCGCCCCCAUCCUCAGCGUGCCGUCGAAUAUUAUCUCUGGACAUGUUUUACCCUCAGCGACGGCGGCGGCAGUGUCCAAGUGGCCUUCACAGUGACUUCAAACCAAGAGAAAAUAAACUCUUAUUUUUUAUAUAGAGACACUAUGACCGGGGGGGGGCAGCGUGAAGAGCACAAAUCAAUAAAGCAACACUGGACUCUGUAGCCAUGUAAAGACUGUUGAAACACAGAGAAAACAAAGGCAGAGGGAGAUGAUUCUGUACAGGUAAUAUUUGUAAAUAUUUGUAACAAAAAAAGAAAAAAGGAAAAAAAAAAAAGAAAGAAUGAUUUUACCUGUUUGACCUUUACCUGUCUUUAUUUUUCAUUUGUUCCCGUUUGAAAUCUGUGAUCAUUAUUUUACUUUUUGUUUUUUUUUUGUUUUUGUAUCGGAAGCUACAAACUGGACACAAGUUCGCCCCCCCCCUUUUUUUUUUUGCUUCCUUUGCUUCCUUUUCAUACAAGACACAAAAAGCUCUGAAAACAAUAGUCUGUUUAUAAAUAAAAAAAAAAAGAAGAUCAAAUAUAUGUAAUUCU